GGCCGCGGGUGAGCGGGGCCGAGCCGGGCCGAACCGGGCUGAACGGGGCCGGGCUCGGCUUUGGGUGGGUGGGCUUUGGGAGCAGGUGGAGCGGUAGCGCUGGGUUUGGGUUAGGUGUGCUGGUUCCUAGUGGGCCGUCCUGAAGAUGUCCUUGCUGGAGGUGACAAUAACGAAAGUACUUUUUCAUCUCACAGGAUCACCCUGGAACAGGCUUUGCAUGGCUCUGGCUCCUGGGAGUCUGCAGCCUUUGCUUUGCUUCUCUCCCAAGUGUUCUUAGUUAGGCAAGGAUUAAUGGAGUCCCCAGCCGUAGUUUAGGCUGUUGUAAAUCCUUUAGCGAUUCAGAUCGGGUUGCUCAGACCCCAGGUGUGCAUUGUUCAGGAGCUAAAGGUGCUUUCAUUUUAAGGCUGCAGAAGCUCCACCAGUCUGUGUGUGCCCACCCCUCCUGGGGAGAUGUCCAACGUUUCCAGCUACGCCCUGCGCAUGGCCCGGCUGAGUGCUCAGAUAUUUGGGGAUGUUGUCAGGCCCACGGACUCCAAAUCCAUGAAGGUGGUGAAGCUGUUCAGCGAGCAGCCCCUGGCCAAGAGGGAGGAGGUGUACAACUGGUACCCCCCUCACAACACCUACUAUGCCCUCAUGAAGAAACUCCGCUACUUUGGCCUCUACAGGGAUGAGCAUCAGGAUUUCAAGGAUGAGAUGAGGCGAUUGAAAAAGCUCCGUGGGAAGGAAAAACCAAAGAAGGGGGAAGGAAAGAGGGCUCUCAAGAAGAAAUAGUACUAUUUGAACAGUGUUACUGACUACCCUGGAAAUGCUGGGGAAGGGCUGGAAGAAGGCUUGGCAUGUGAACUGCCUGUGGGGUGCAGGAAACACACUGUGGAAUAGUGGACUCCACCUUGGGAAUGCACUUGGGUCUUCGAAGUUUUACUGGUUUUGAGUUUCUAUACUUCAAAUAUACUGUCUAUUGCAGUAAUAAAAAAAGUGCUCAGUGUUUUUCUUGAAA